CUAACUAUAGAUAAAGUUGAAAAAUUUUACAGAAAGAUGUAUAGUUUGACUCAAAUCAAAUUUUACCGGAGAAAAAAAAAAAUCUCUCGCCCCGUUUGCCAGACGCGAUUAUUACCCAGCACCCUGUACUCGCGCAUUUAUCAUAUCGCGAUCUCAUACGACGUAUCUAUUACGAUCUCAUACUCAUCUCGGGAUAUGAGUGGGCAGAGACGGCUCGCAUAGCAGUGGCGUGUGGGGAUAGGGACGGCCGCGCGCGAGACAAUAUAUACCUGACGAGGGCCUGGUGUUGCCGAACACCUGCUCCACACCGGGUCCGAGCGGACCUUUGUCCAAGGGAUAUAAAACUCGUACACCGUUUCGGCCGCGCCAGUAGACUUUCGAGAGGUGAUCAAGCACACAAUCCCCGCUCCGCACGUGACUUCGCGACUCGACUGAACGAUCUCGCCCAUCGAGAUCAAUCGGAUGGCAAUCGCGUACAAAUCACGUUAAAUCACGGUAAAUCUCGUCGAUCGCUAAAUAAGGUGAAGAAUUUUUAUUAAGGAAAUUCAGAGUUAAGACUUCGACGAGAAUUUUCGAAAAUUCGAAGAUGCAAGGCUUCAGAAAACAUUAAAAUCUGGAAAUAAAGAAGUUUUGUUAAUUACCGAGCCCGAGAAUCUGUGCGAAUGGUAAAAUAAUACACAGGAUACAAUAAUACACUCGAGGAUUCAUAAAAUAAAAAAUAUAUAUCUUUGUGAAGGAGAAUAUAUGAAUUGUGAAGUAUAAAAGUCCGAAGAUCUUGACUGAAGAUACCCAAGAGAUCAGCGGAGAUGACGAAUCUACGGUUGCUGUUAACAGCGAUUAUCGCCGCGAGUACGUUGAUUGCCGGCACGCGCGCGGAUGAAGAUCUCAAUAGCACGAUCAAGCUAUUGCAGGAGCAAGUGAGCGCGCUGUUGGAUCAUCGACAGGAGGAUUACAAUGCCUUGGAGGAGAGUCUGAAACAAGCAAUGGAAAAGAAUACGGAACUCAUCGUCCUUAGGAAUGAAGUUAAGCAACUGAGGAAGGAAGUGAACGCACUUCGCGGCGGAAGCGGCAACGAGGCGAAGAACGAGAGAUUGAGGGUGCGAUGGCUAGGCAGUGCCGUGACGGAGCUACAAAGCGAGGUCGCCGAGGUGCUCAGGACGCGGAACGCCAGCGAGGAGCUUGCCGAGCGCUCGAGGAUGAGGAGCGAACUGGCCCUGCUGAAGGGCGACGUCGCCGAGGUCGGCAGAAGCAUACGCGAUCUCGGUGGGAGGAUCACCAAGAUCGAGGCCACCCUUGGUACCAUCAGGCUCGACAUCGCCGCGACCAAGGAACGCGCCAGCCUCCUGUCCCGCUCCUGCGCGGAUGUCAGUAGUCAGUUAAGCACGGUGCAGAUCGAGCUGAAGUCCCUGAAAUGCGAGUCCACGGUUCCCGAUCAGCGGCAGGAUCCGCAGAAGCUGGAACAUCGCAAUAAGGCUGACAUCUUUCGCAACGAGGUGAGCGGGUCGCACGAGAUUGCGUCAACCCGAAGACACAGCUAUUCCCGCGCCUUGGCUCAUCGCGCUCGCCUCGAGGAACGUCUACGUAACGUCGAACGGAAGAUCUCCGUGGUAGCGCGGAAGCGAACGAUGGUGGAGAAACGAGUGGUAUACGAGGAUCGUGAGCAACUUGAGGGACGGAUGAGGAGCCUCGAAAUGGCGCAAGCAGAGCUCUCGAGAAGGGUAUCCAAUGCCACCCGGGAUCUGGUGUCGAUGAACGAGCUGGAUGAGUCCGUGGUGCGACUGUACGACUCGGUUCGUCUGCUCGAGGAAGCCGUUUACACCAAUCGUUCCGAGGUAAAGCGAGAGCUUGCGAAACUGGAGAUAAACGCGGCGCGAAAGGCGGCCGAGCUGUCGCUGACCAGGGAAGAGCUUGGCAAUCUUCGACGGGCGGUUCAGGCGUUGAGCGUGAGCGCGUCGCAGCUGCAGGAGAGGAGCGACGUGCAGCGAAAGAGUCUGGACACCUUGAACGAGACCCUCAGUCGGCUGGACCUUUCCCGGAAUCUGGCCAAGGCGGUGAACGUCACACACGAACUAGAACAGGUGGAAGACCAGUACCGUCUCAUGGUAGACUCCCUUCCGGGAAAUUGCGAGGAGCGCGAUGGUUUGACUUUGCUGGCACCUGGUCCCGGAGCACCGUUGCUGGCCUCCUGCCGCGCCGGCUGGAUCGUCGUGGCUCGCAGAAUUGACGGCGCUGUCGACUUCGAUCGCACCUGGAACGAGUAUUCGAUCGGCUUCGGUUCGCCGGUCAGCGAGUUGUGGAUCGGCAAUGAGGCGUUGCAUCGACUCACUCGCGAUAACUGUAGCAGGCUGCGGGUCGACCUGACCGAUACCUACGGCGUGCACUGGCGCGCCGAGUACGAGCACUUCACGAUUGACUCCGAGGAAACUGGUUAUCGACUCCACGUAUCCGGUUAUUCGGGCAACGCGACCGACGCACUGUCCUAUCAGGACGGCAUGGCAUUUAGCGCUAAGGACCGCGACAUGGACAUCAGCACCACCGACUGCGCAGCCAAUUAUCGGGGCGGUUGGUGGUUCAGUCAUUGCCAACACGCCAAUCUCAACGGUAGAUAUACCUUGGGUUUGACAUGGUUCCAGUCGACGACCAACGAGUGGAUGGCAGUUGCAUCUUCCGAGAUGUUGGUGCAACGGAAGCAAAACUGUUGAUAAUCUUGAAGUUAUUCACGUCGAGUUGAUAGAAUGACGCUAAUUGAUGAACUGCAAGAAAAUGAAAGUUCUGUAUAAUUUGAUUCGUGCAUCACGUACGUAAUCAGUCCACAAGAACACUUGAUUGUAAUGCCAAAGAGUUAAGUGUAAUUUAAAGACUUUAAUGUAAAUACAUUGUAUAGUUAUGCACAAAUGGAGUAAUGCUGUAAACGUGCAAAGAAUAAAUAUUACUUAUUGUAUCUGUAUAGUAAUAAAAAGUCAUUAAAAGUCA